AUGGGCCUGAUUCAGCGGGUAGCGAAAUGGGUGCCCUCCGCGCCCAGUCUACCCCUAGAUGAUCUGCCGCGCGAGAAAGGCCACUAUUCCCCCCGACUCGCCUUUUUCAAGCGGAGGAUUCGAUUGAAGGGCAACUCAUCCGUGGCCAUCCCCUUGGGGUUUGUGUUACUAUUCCCCUGUCUUGUAAUAAUUCUCAUUCUCCUGUUAUUCGUUCGACAUCCCUCGUCUUCCGGGGGCAUCUUGAUCCCGGCCGGCACGCCGCCGUCGAUAAGGAAAAUCAGCGAAAAGUAUGAUAAGGUCUUUGCGACGGGAUGUCUGCCGGUGGAGAAGCAAGAGGGCCCCCGAGCCAACGCGGCCUUCGUCGUCCUUGCCAGAAACAAGGAGAUCGACGGCGUGAUCCAGUCCCUCAAGUCGAUUGAGCGCCAUUUCAAUCGGUGGUUCCACUACCCCUACGUGUUCUUAAACGACGCCGAAUUCGACGACGCUUUCAAAGAUACGGUGAAGAACUAUACGAGUGCCCCGGUGGAGUUCGGGAAGAUCGACGACAGCAUGUGGGGUUACCCCGACUGGGUCGACCACGAGGUCGCCAAGGAAGGCAUCCGGAAGCAGGGAGAUGCCGCCAUCAUGUACGGAGGCAUGGAGAGCUAUCACCACAUGUGCCGAUUCUACUCUGGUCAAUUCUACAAGCAUCCUCUGCUCUUGAAGUACGAAUGGUACUGGCGUUUGGAGCCCGAAAUCUCCUAUUUCUGCGACAUCACAUACGAUCCUUUCGUCAAGAUGGCUGAAGCCAACAAAACCUACGGCUUCACGAUCGCGGUCAAAGAACUGCGCGAGACCGUCCCGAAUAUCUUCCGCUACGCAUCCGCCUACAAACGAAAGAACAACCUGCCGUCCAAGGGCCUGUGGGAGAUGUUCCUCGAAAAGCCCGAGAAGGAGGAAGAGAAGCCCGCGGGCGAAAAGCAGGACAAAUUGCCCGAAGAGAUCCUGCAAAACGAGCCGGGCGACAACACCGUGCCCGAGGUUGACCCCGAGGCUAUGGAAGGCGAGUCCUACAACAUGUGCCAUUUCUGGAGCAACUUUGAGAUUGCUCGCCUGGACUGGUUCCGGAGCAAGGAGUACGAAGAGUUCUUUGACAUGAUGGACAAGAGUGGGGGUUUCUGGACGGAAAGAUGGGGUGAUGCUCCCAUCCAUUCGCUCGCCGCUGGCGCCCUUCUGGCCCCCUCGGAUAUCCACUAUUUCCGGGACUUUGGAUACCGACACACCACUAUCCAGCACUGUCCCGCCAAUGCCCCGGCUCGUCAACUACCCCGGAUCCCCUGGCUGGAGAUGACGACGGAGGAUGAAAAGGCGCGCAUUGAGGAAGAUGAAUACUGGGCGAACGCCGACCCGGUGAAGGAGAACGGCGUAGGAUGCCGGUGCCGGUGCGAUACAGAUAUUGUGGAUGUGGAAGGCAAACAGGGCAGUUGCCUUCCGGAGUGGGUUGAAGUUGCGGGCGGUUGGGCGUCUCCUUAA